GAAGAGGUAGCGCUUUAGCAGACGGUGCUACUGAGAUGGCGUGUAGCGACGCUCACAAGUCCAGCUUCGAUGGCGCGUGCGGCGACUAUCCGUCGAGCUGCGCGGCGGCUCUGGAGAAGGAGUACCUGAGUCCCACAGAGAACCCGUCCACCCUCAGCGUGGCGUCCAGCCUGGAGACGGAGCAGCAGGGCUACGACGUGGAGUUCGAGCCGCCGCUGGAGAGCAAGUACGAGUGUCCCAUCUGCCUGAUGGGUCUGAGGUCAGCGGUCCAGACGCCGUGCGGUCAUCGCUUCUGCAACAACUGCAUCAGGAAAUCCAUCAGGGACACGGGGCAGAAAUGUCCAGUUGAUAACGAAGUGCUGACCGAGGACCAGCUAUUUCCAGACAACUUUGCCAAGCGGGAAAUCCUCUCUCUCAUGGUGUGCUGCCGAAACUUUGGCUGUAUUGAGAGGAUGGAACUUCGAGACCUCGAGAAUCACCUGCUCCACUGUAAGUUCGCUCGGGUUCCCUGCCCUCAGUGUCACGAGUCUGUGGGUAAGACUAGGUUAGAGGAGCACCGGAGCCAGGAGUGUUUACAGCGUCUCAUCACCUGUCCUGACUGUGUUGAGAGCAUCGUCUAUGCCGACAAACAGUAUCACGAGCAGACGUGCCAGUUCGUGAGCACAGUGUGCGAUUACUGUAAUAGGGAGUUUAUCCGGAGUCAGUUGACGUCCCAUUGUGCCACGGACUGCCUGGAAGCUCCGGUCGCCUGCUCCUUCAGCAUGUUCGGUUGUCAAGAAAAGAUGCCCAGGAACGACUUGGCCGUUCACAUGCAGCAGUUCACCCAGAUGCACCUGCGCUACAUGGCCGAGUUCCUGCGUAACCAGUCGGUGAGCGGCCCCCUCUCGCUCCAGCCGUGCACGCCGGGGUGCGCGCCCUCUCCCGAACACGCCGGCUGCUCCAGGCCGGGAGAGCAGUGCCACUGCAGGCAGGAGAUGCAGCAGCUGCGCGAGACCGUGGUGGAGCUGGAGAGCCGCCUGGUGCGGCAGGACCACCAGAUCCGCGAGCUGAGCAUCCGCAACGAGACGCAGCACGCGCAGAUGAUGGAGCUGCGUGGCAAGCUGACGUCGCUGGACGAGAGCACGCUCGAGUACCAGCAGUACCAGGGAGAUUACUGCGAGGUGAACUUGUGCCAUAACGGAGGGACGUGCGUGACCGGGGUCGGGGAGGGACCCUUCAUCUGCAUCUGUGCUGAAGGCUUUACUGGGGAUACCUGCAACCUGAAGGAAGACGGUCCUUGUAGACCAGACCCAUGUCAGAACGACGGGCAGUGUGAGGUGAUCUCCAGCUCCAGACGGGGAGACGUGUUUAAUGGCUACGUCUGCAAGUGCCAGCCGGGAUUCGAGGGCACAAACUGCCAAAUCAAUGUGAAUGACUGUGAUACGCAGCCCUGUCAGCACGGUGGGGCGUGUCGGGAUCUGGAUGGAGACUACGUCUGCCAGUGCCUGUCCCCCUACGUAGGAAAGCAGUGCCAGCUGAGUUGUAUAUCUCUGUUGGGGAUGGAGGAAGGUGGCAUCGAGGAAUCCCAGAUCUCUGCGUCCUCUGUGCAUUUCGGCAUCCUGGGACUGCAGCGCUGGGGCCCCGAGCUCGCCCGACUCAACAACCAGGGCUUCGUCAACGCCUGGAGCUCAGACCCUCAGGACAGGAACCCCUGGAUUGAGAUCGACCUGCAGAAGAAGAUGCGCCUGACUGGCAUCAUCACGCAGGGAGCCAGUCGCAUGGGCGCGUCCGAGUUCAUCAAAAGCUUCAAGGUGGCUUCCAGCUUCGAUGGCAAACUGUACAGCAUCCACAGAGCUGCUGGUCAGAGGAAAGAUCAGGUGUUUGUGGGGAACAUAGAUAAUGAAAGCACCAAGACAAACUUGUUUAACCCCCCGAUCGUGGGCCGAUACGUCCGUAUCAUUCCUGUGGUGUGUCGCAAAGCCUGCACCCUGCGCAUGGAACUGAUCGGCUGUGAGCUCAACGCUCACCCCAGUGCGACGGUCUGCACCGAUUCCCUGGGUAUGAAAUCUCGUCUGAUCUCCGACCACCAGCUCUCGGCUACUAGCGCCUUUCGUACCUGGGGCAUAGACAGUUUCACGUGGCUUCCGCAUUAUGCCCGUCUGGACAAGCAGGGCAAGAUCAACGCCUGGUCUCCAGCCAACAAUAACCGCUCAGAAUGGCUUCAGCUGGACUUGGAGAAGCCGAAGAAAAUCUCAGGCAUCGUCACUCAGGGAGCUAAAGAUUUCGGAGUGGUGCAGUUCGUCUCCGCCUUUAAGAUGGCCUACAGCGAUGAUGGUCAGUCCUGGACCAUCGUCACAGAUUCAGCCACCGGAACCGACAAGAUUUUCCAGGGUAACAUCGAUAACAACACCUACAUGAGGAACUGGUUCGAGCCGGCGUUCGUGGCGCGGUUCGUGCGCUUCCUGCCCUGGGAGUGGCACGAGCGCAUCACGCUCAGGAUGGAGCUCCUGGGUUGUGACGCUUAGACGGCGUGAGGAUCACGUGUAGGAUCAGCGCUAACCUACUGACUCACAUCCCAACCUUUUAUACUUCAAACGUAACGUAGGACGAUAGGAACGUAGUCAAUUCUGUUAUUAAAGAGCAGCCGUAGGUUCGCAGAGAAGGUAUCGGACUGUUAAUCGGAAGGUCAUUGGUUCAUUCCCCAUCAUAAGAGUACUUUUAAAACCCUUCAUGUUCUCGCCCCUUCCAACUGCAACCUAAGAUCCUCUGUCUCAGACCUUGUAGAUGUAGAUGUGGGUUUUAGUUCCUCAACCCCCAGUUUUUGGAACUCUGGAACUCUGGAACUCCCUUCAACAAUCGAUUUGUGACUGUUCCUCCAUCUCCUCCUCCAAAGGUCGACUUGAACGAGUGUCCCUGGGUGUGUAGGGCGUCUAUAAAUUGAAGUUAUUAUUAUCAUGGCCUGAGCAAGACCCUGAACCUUUAAGUUUUUGCUUUAAGCUUUCACUACGUGCUAUAUAUGUACAUUCAAUUUUAAUGCAACCCUAACUCCAAAAAUAUUGGGACAGUAGGAACAAUUCCAUUUUAAGCAGACAGAAAUAAUUUGCAAAUCAUUUUUGUCCUUCGUUCAAUUAAACACAAUACUUCUUCUUCUU